AUGCACGACUGCCUCAGACACUUCGAGCUACGUCUGCAGAUUGUUGAGCAUAUACCUCUUCGGGAUCGCAACACUCUCUUCGCACUCGCUCGUACCUGUCGUCUUUUCGAAGAGCCUGCGCUUGACAGAUUGUGGUCGGUCGCGGAGCACGAUACUUUGGGACACCUGAUAGCCUGCCUCCCUCCGGAUGCGAUUACGACGACAGAGAAGCCGUAUGGGCCCUAUCUUAACCUGGAACUGACGACGUUGCGGGCCUUGAUGUUCAAUGACUGGGAGCGUUUCCGCUUACACUGCCACCGGAUUCGUGAAUUCAACGACGUUACCUGGCUUACGUUUUUCAGGUAUGGAGGGGCUCUGUCGUCGCUCGCUAGUUGGCUUCCUUGGGAUUACUUGUUUCCACGGCUAAGGACUUUGUCCUGGCAUAUCUCUCCCCAUAUCGCGAUGGAUGCUUCCAUGCAUAUGAAAAACUUGAGGAUGUUUUUGUCGCCCACCCUUCGAGAAUUUAGGUUCUCCGGCACCGUGUUGGCAGAAAUACUUCCCUCGUUACCCGUCGUCGCCCACAAAGCUCCUUCCCUGACCGACAUCACGAUUGCUGCUGAUGAUUUCGAUGUCUCAAGCUACACUACGAUUGAACGAGCCGCAAUAGGUGCAUUCGUUGAGAAGUUUCGGUGUCUACGUCACCUCAACGUUCCGACUAUUAACAUCCACGCCUUGGAGCAUCUCGCCACGGUCGACAAUUUCUCGACGUUGAUUGUGGACGAGUUCGACUCCGAUAUGUUUCCUCAACCCUCUUUCUCGGCCCAGUCAGCUCCCGUAUUCGCAGCAUUAAAAUCGGUGAGCAUGUCAUGCGCUCACCUCCCUAGCGCGAUACGCUUCCUGCGUGCGAUCACCGGGCUCGAGGACAUGUCACUGGUACCCAUUCUCGACGAACAUACAACCGAGCACAUUUCGGAAUUAUUCUCCGCGCUUGUAUCGACUGGUUGCCAUCAAACGCUCACUUUCAUCUCGCUGCUGAUCUGGCGGGACGACCAGGCUCCCGUGCCGAUCAGACGGGACGUUUUUGUGACUCUCGCGCAGUCGUUUGCCGCCUUGGAGAGCCUGUGCAUCAGGUGGAAUGGACCGCUCGACAUCGAUGACGCUACUCUGGCCUUGCUGGCUACCAAUUGCCCCCAGCUGCGGGUCCUCCAGAUUUGCAGCCAGAUCAAUAGAUGGGAGCCCCCAGUGUUGACGCUUGCGGUGCUGCUAUCUGUUGCACAUACCUGCAAGCAUCUUGAGACCAUCCAUCUCACUCUUGAUGCGACGACGCCCCCUGCCAUCCGCCGGGGCUCGGCAGGCGAGCAGCGUGUCACACAGUGCGCGCUUCGCACAAUCAAUUUUACCUUCUCCACCCUCACGGAUGCCCAUCCGGUAGCCUCGUUCUUAUCGAGCAUUUUCCCCGCGUUGGAAGAUACACGGACGAUGUGGGAGGAGGAAGAGGUUAUGCAGGGUCGGUGGCAAGAGGUACAACAGAUUCUGCCUCUAGUGCAGGCGAUUCGGCGGGAUGAGCAGGAGUGGGCCGUCGGGCCGUUGUCAACCUAG